GCCCUCAAACUAACAGUUUGAAGAAAGGUUUGGCGACGGUGGUGCUUGUGGAGAGAGACGGCUGGGGCUUGGAGUAGCACCACUGAAGUGCACCAGUCGUUCCUUUCAAUUUCCGAAUUAUUUCCCGUGGUUCUGGUGAAUAACAAUUAUAGCAUGCAAUGACUUUGCCCGCUUUAGAUUAUUUGCUUGGUUUAUUAUUUUUUUCGUUUUAGGUGAAUGGCGAGGAUACUUGAGGUACAAUCGAGAGUGAGUGGUUUUGACAAUAUGUGUUGCUGCAAUAUGGUAUGCAACCUAAAGGUUUAUGGAAUAUAGCCAGAUUUCCCACAAUCUGUAUGCGUUCUCAUUCAGCCCGGUAAAAAAUAAAUUAUUUCUGCUAGGCAUCAUGUUUUUACUCUGGGUAUAUAUGCUCUACUCUUGCGUGGGCUACUGCGCCCCCAUGCCAAGCUUGGUCGUGGACAAUAACCGGGGAAAGGAGACUGGGACGGGGUCGGUGGUCGGUAAAAGGACCGAGAAUAACGCCAGAGCGGACCUCAAGUCCAGACUACUCCCUAUCCCACCCUGGGUGGAUAUAGAAUCCGAUUACGACGAACCAUCCGUCCGGACCUCCUCCAGAGACCUGCUCAAUAAAGAGAUAGACGCGUACAGAGGAGUUGAGGACUGGGGUGAGAUGAGGGGUGAGGGGCAGAGAGCUCCUGAACCCGGUGCGAUGUCAAGUUUCUCCAACGACUUAGGGAGCAAGAAACUGCCGCAGGCGAUCAUCAUCGGGGUAAAGAAAGGAGGGACGCGCGCGCUGCUCGAGUUCCUCCGCGUGCAUCCAGACAUCAGAGCUGUGGGAGCCGAGCCGCACUUCUUCGACCGUAACUACGAGAACGGACUGGAGUGGUACAGGGAGCUGAUGCCCAAGACCCUGGAGGGCCAGAUCACCAUGGAGAAGACCCCCAGCUACUUUGUGACCAGAGAAGCCCCGGCCCGGAUCUCCGCCAUGUCCCGGGACACCAAGCUGAUCGUGGUGGUGAGGGACCCCAUUACCAGGGCUAUUUCUGACUACACACAGACACUGUCAAAGAACCCAGACAUUCCCACCUUCGAGAGUCUGGCCUUCAAAAACAGGACUACGGGGCUCAUCGACACGUCCUGGAGCGCCAUCCAGAUUGGCAUCUAUGCCAAGCACCUGGACAACUGGCUACAGUACUUCCCCAUGGGCCAGAUUCUGUUUGUGAGCGGGGAGCGUCUGAUCAGCGACCCGGCCGGAGAGCUGGGCAGGGUGCAGGACUUCCUGGGACUCAAGAGGAUCAUCACAGACAAACACUUCUACUUCAACCAGACCAAGGGCUUCCCGUGCCUCAAGAAGGCUGAGGGCAGCAGCAAGCCCCACUGCCUGGGCAAAACCAAAGGGCGGACCCACCCCAACAUCCACCCAGAGGUGGUGCAGAGGCUACGAGACUUCUACAGGCCUUUCAACAUGAAGUUCUACCAGAUGACGGGACAUAACUUUGGUUGGGAUUGAUGGAUGUGAAUUUGGGAGAACACAUUGUUUAUUUUAUUUUCUGUAAUUCAAUGAAUGGCAAAUAAGACAUGGGAGAUGUUGCUAUAUAUGUAUAUAUAUGUACAUGUAUAUAUAUAUAUAUAUAUAUGCAUAUAUAUGUACAUGUAUGUAUGUGUUUGUGUGUGUGUGUGUAAGAUGUACAGAAAUCUAUUUUAUAAUAAUUUAUUUUUUAUUUCUAAGCAAUUAAUUCACUAAGCUGCCUAACCAUAUAUGUACAUGCAUAAUAUCUGGCCCACACUUUGUUUUAUAUUUUUUACAUUCCACCUUUAAUGUUUUUUUUCUUUACUCUUCACUUAAUGGUCCCUCAUGUAAACUCAGUAGAGUUAAAAUGGUCCCUAAUGUCAACAGUAUACUUUAAGGAAGAAUAGAGGGAUAUUUAUUAAUGCCCCAUUUUAUGGGUAUAGAGUUUGACAGAACAGUAAUACAUACUCCAUUCAUGUGCAUUCUGAUUUAAACAUUCAUAUUCAAUAGCCAUCAUCAAACCCUUCCUCAAUAGCCAUCAUCAGACCCAUCCUCAAUUGCCAUCAUCAAACCCUUCCUCAAUAGCCAUCAUCAGACCCAUCCUCAAUGGCCAUCAUCAGACCCUUCCUCAACAGCCAUCAUCAGACCCAUCCUCAAUAGCCAUCAUCAGACCCUUCCUCAAUAGCCAUCAUCAGACCCUUCCUCAAUAGCCAUCAUCAGACCCUUCCUCAAUAGCCAUCAUCAGACCCAUCCUCAAUAGCCAUCAUCAGACCCUUCCUCAAUAGCCAUCAUCAGACCCAUCCUCAAUAGCCAUCAUCAAACCCUUCCUCAAUAGCCAUCAUCAGACCCAUCCUCAAUAGCCAUCAUCAGACCCUUCCUCAAUAGCCAUCAUCAGACCCAUCCUCAAUAGCCAUCAUCAGACCCUUCCUCAAUAGCCAUCAUCAGACCCAUCCUCAAACAGCCAUCAUCAGACCCUUCCUCAAUAGCCAUCAUUAGACCCUUCCUCAAUAGCCAUCAUCAGACCCUUCCUCAAUAGCCAUCAUCAGACCCAUCCUCAAUAGCCAUCAUCAAACCCUUCCUCAAUAGCCAUCAUCAGACCCAUCCUCAAUAGCCAUCAUUAGACCCUUCCUCAAUAGCCAUCAUCAAACCCUUCCUCAAUAGACAUCAUCAGACCCUCACCCCCACAUUACUCCUAUCGGUUUCUGUUCCAUCCAUUCAAACACUGUGUUUCAUUGAAAUUAGGUCAUUUCAGUUAUUACCGGUUACCCCCAUCCACAACCCAUUAUCAUACCGUCCCAUUGAACUAACCAGCUGAUCUCCUGCCCUGUCAUUGGCCUAACCAGCUGAUCUCCUGCCCUGUCAUUGGCCCAACCAGCUAAUCUCAUGUCCAUUUCACUUAAUAACAGGUGGAUCAAUAGGCCUAACUGCUGCUCAUUGUGUCAGCCAUGCUUAAUGUGUGGCCUUCCUCUUCUAGUGCUCCUAUAGCCUGUUCUAAUGAAUGGCCCAUCCACCAAAGGUCUAAAUCCUAUUUCUGACUGCAUCACAUUGAUAUGGCUCCAUAUUGACAUGAUGCUAAUGGAAUAACUUUACUGAGGCCCAUUGAUUCAGGUCUCCUCUCCGCUAUACUCUUGCUCCCAUUACAAGACACUGUGUGCUCAGAGCCAGGGUUCAAAGGUCAUACACAUUCAAAUUUGCUCUUAGGGACAUUUGAUUUGUUGAAGAGACUGAGAGGGGAGGACACACUGGAUCAGGGGAGGACUAUAGUAUAGUCCUUGAAUGCAUCCCAUAUGGCACACUACCCUAUAUAGUGCACUACUUUAGACCAGAGCCUUGUGACCCCUGGUCAAAAGUAGUGAAAUAUAAAGGGAAUAGGGUGGCAUUUGGGACAACCAUUGUCUUCAUGGCGCAGUGAGAAUGCUUGGCAUGAGUUGAGGUAGGAUGUCUGAUACAGAUGAUAUGAAAACAUUCUUCAUAUGAGAAACAGUCUAGUUAUGCUGGCCCAUACUCUCGCAGGUAGGGGCUACUUCAAAGCCAUCCUAUCCUCUUUGGAUUGUAAAACUGCUGAAUAUGCACCCUAUUCCUUACAGUGUACUACUUGUGACCAGGGCCCAUAGUGAAUAGGAGACCAUUUGGGUGGUAAGCCUAAAACGGCUGUGUGUGGAGGGACCCAGAGUGAAUAUGCACAUCCUUUCCCCUACAUACUACACAUUAAAUUACCUCCAAUCAAAUGCAAAGUUGAAAGUGUCUGUCACUGACUAUUGGCAAUUUAAAAGUAAAGUAAGUUUUAAGAAAAUGUUGCGCCUCUAAACUACCCAGUCUAAUUCAAAUACCCAACCUCCAUCUCAUUUCAACAGUGUGGAACCAGUUAUGAAGGUAGAUUUUUUUAAAUCUCAAACCAGUGGAUGGUAUUAGUGGAGAUGAGGGGUUGUCCCAGCAUUUUACUGGUCCCUUAUUCACAUAGUGGCUUUUACCACCAAGGAAUUUACACCUGUUUUCAAUGAUCAUGCCUAUAUGGACAACGCUUCAACCUCCCCUUCUCUCCUUAUAGUGCAAUGUUUGUUGAAAACAUUUAAAAUGGCCUUUGUAUAGAGCAGGGAAUUCUGAAUCUGAGUAAUGUCAAUCUUUCUCUCUGUAACGGUUGGAGUAAAGGAGACUGGGGCUGUUGCCCUCUGUUACAUUUACAAUCCCACUAUUGCAUUGGAAUUAUGGUGUUAUUCAUGUUACUAAGAGAGUAGGUGUGCAUCCCAAAUGGCACUCUAUUCCUUAUUUAGUGCACUACUUUUGACCAAGGACUACAGGGCUCUGGUCAAAAGUAGUGCACUUUAUAGGAAAUAGGAUCGGUCCGAAAGGAAACGCUAUCUCAAAAGCUUGCACUCAUGGUCACGAUCCACCUCUGCUGUAUCUGUUCUGGUUGAGUUUUAUUCAACCCUUUUAGAGAUCUACAAAAUAUAAUGCUAGGGUUGCUUGUCUUUCCCACCCCAUCUGCGUAUAAUGUGGUUCAUAUUUAGAGGUUUAGCAGAUUCGGUAUGUUUAAAAAUGAAAAGGAACAUGGACAUCAAGUAUUUUGUGGUAUCUUGUACAUCAAAGGAAUUUUACACAGUGAAAGAGCACAAUGGAAGAAAUGUUUUUAAAUAAUGAAAUGCUGAACAUUCAAACUAUUUCUUUGUAUGAAGAAAUAAAGUAUAUAUUUUA